UCCUUCAUUUUUGGCUGCUGCUUUAGCUAGAGCAACCGCAGAUGAAGUCCUUCAGAGUGAUCUAUCUGUACAUUACUUACCAAAGCAUGUGGACAACGCUGAUGGGAUCAUACAGAUUGAGACAGUGAAGCUAGCACGCUUAGUUUUCAGCAAACUCCAUGAGAUCUGCAGUAACUGGGUGAAAGACUUUCCACUCCAAUGGAAGUCCCACCGCUACUAUGAGACAUCCAUCCAUGCCAUCAAAAACAUGCGCAGGAAGAUGGAAGACAAGCACGUCUGCAUUCCAGACUUCAACAUGCUCUUCAACCUYGAGGACCAAGAAGAGCAAGCUUACUUUGCAGUAUUUGAYGGUCAUGGGGGAGUGGAUGCUGCCAUCUACGCUUCCAUCCAUCUCCACGUGAACCUGGUGCAUCAGGAGAUGUUUCAGCACGACCCGGCGGAGGCCCUGUGCCGAGCCUUCCGGGUGACGGACGAGCGCUUCGUCCAGAAGGCAGCCAGAGAGAGUCUGCGCUGUGGAACCACUGGGGUGGUGACUUUCAUCCGAGGAAAUAUGUUACACGUGGCAUGGCUUGGGGACUCCCAGGUUAUGCUGGUGAGGAGAGGUCAAGCUGUGGAGCUGAUGAAACCCCACAAACCAGAUAGAGAGGAUGAGAAGAAGCGCAUUGAGGCACUUGGUGGCUGCGUGGUCUGGUUUGGAGCCUGGAGGGUGAAUGGGAGCCUGUCAGUCUCCAGAGCUAUUGGGGAUGCUGAGCACAAGCCAUAUAUCUGUGGGGAUGCAGACUCUGCCUCCACUGUGCUAGAUGGCUCUGAAGACUACCUCAUUUUAGCCUGUGAUGGCUUCUAUGACACAGUCAAUCCGGAUGAGGCGGUGAAAGUGGUCGCUGACCAUCUAAAGGAGAAUAAUGGGGACAGCAGCAUGGUAGCACAUAAAUUAGUGGCAUCUGCUCGGGACGCUGGUUCCAGCGACAACAUUACUGUCAUUGUGGUAUUUCUCAGGGACAUGAAUGCAGCAGUCAAUGUUAGUGAGGAGUCGGACUGGACAGAGAAUUCUUUUCAAGGUGGWCAAGAAGACAGUGGGGAAGAUAAGGAAAACCAUGGAGACUGCAAACGGCCCUGGCCCCAACACCAGUGCUCAGCACCUGCAGAUCUAGGGUAUGAAGGACGAGUGGAUUCCUUUACUGAUAGAACUAGCCUAAGCAUAGGAUCCAGUAUUAACCCGAUUGAUGAUCAAGCCUAUUUAGACCUGACAAACACAGAAGCAAGUGAACCCAAGAGUGCCAAAUAUUUGCCACCAAUUCAAGUGUUUAGUUCUGGCAUACCAAAGAGUGUGAAUCCGAAUAAUGGUCUAACAGUGAAGAACAAGUCACCAGAGAGCACCACAUCAUCAGCCUAUGGACAAAGUGACCGGGGGCAGUACAGCACUCCUCUUAGUUUGGAUUCUGCAGGGCAAAACAUCUACAAGGUGGAGAGUUUCUCCCCCAGUCUCUGGGGGCUGGAAGAUGAACAGUUCAAAUCCUUGGGAAAACGAGCAUCUGCAUCUCCACACCUGCGUUUCUGUAACGGGAAGAGGCGACGAGGAGCCAGGUUCAAACCAAAGUUUCGCGUGCCACUCUUGGCUCAUGAGCCUUCCCGCAUAGAAGGAUCCAGCCUGUCCUUGCCUGUCCGAGGCCGCAGUAGCACGAGGUUGUUGGUAAGACACUCCCCGUGGUGGAGGCUGGUUAGUCAUAACGCGUACAGGGAGAGCGAGUUUUUGAUGCGAAAACAAAGUAAUUGUAUACCAGAGUCAUACCUACAUCAAUGCUGUCAAAUUUAACCGUCUCCCUUGUGUCCCCCCUUAGAUACCUAAACCAGACAUUCCCAAAAUAGAACUGGCAUCAGCAGGAAAUGAACAAAAGGUGGGCAUUUCAGAACCGCGUGUGUUACAAUCCCCCGCAAAGCUCCAAUCAUGUAAAUAGACCUAGGAAUUAACAAAUGUAGUUGUUUCAAUCUCAAUAAAACUUGCUGGUGGUGCCACCGUAAGCAAUGCCACAGCCACCCAACCACCUGCACACAUAAGUAUCUAGUCACAUCCACUAGUGAAAGCCAACCAGUUGGUUUGCGUGAAUAGACGCCGGUAGGGAACGGUCUUCAAAAAUGCAGAAAGCAGAACCUGCCUGAGUCUAUGGAGCAAUAUUUAAAGAAAGAUUCUGUUUUAGAACAGCCAAUUUUUUUAGAGUGGGGGGAAGUUUCCACAGAAGUUCAGGUUGUGUUUUUUUUUAUUAUUAUUAUUUUCAGUUUAUUUCAGGCUAAUAUUAAGAUGAAUUUGAAUAUUAUAUCCACUUUGCAGGUAAAAGACUAAAAGCCAUACAGGAUUUUACCAGGUAACUUAGGAACGGAAAAACUGAGCUCCUGUUACUCUGUUCUCAGACUCCGAUUGAGGUACAUACUCAUAAUUUACUUAUUUUUUCAUGUAACAAAUUGUGGAAUAUGAAGAUUUUUUUUUUCUGUAGUUUUUAAAAAAGAUUAUUUCCUAUGGCUAGAGGUGCAGUGUACAGGGAUUUCGUAUCUCUCUGGUGCUUUUAGUGGCAUUUUUCUUGUUUGUCAGUUUAGAAAACUGUUUUCAAUUAGUUUCAAUCUAACAUGAUUGUGCUCAGUGCUUCAAGCCAACCUCUUUCCCCCCGUAACUUCAUCUCAGGUCUUUAAAGAAACCAAGUAUGUGGAGAUGUCCAGUUCAACACUACUGUCACAAAACCAGUCCAAGUGGAGAACUGCUUGCUAGGGAUAAUGAGCAAUUCGGAGAGCUGUUGGGUUUUGGUACAGAUUUCCAGGUGACAAAGGCGUAAUUUAGUAAAGUUGUAGCGUCAAGGAGGGGAAGAUGCUUUUUCUAUAGGGGCAUCCUUGCUGCAUUUGGGCUUUUUCCAAAAUGCCUAAAAAUAGAUGCAAGGUCGCCAAAGCAAUCCCGAGUGAAUGGGAGCACGGCAGGUGCAGAGGAGCAGGGGCUGCACGUUGGGUGCGUCGGGCUUGGUAAAACUCCCAGGUGAGCCAGAGCUCUGCUUCAGGCAACCCGGGCUGCAGAGGCAGGAGYGGGGAACGCGGCACCCGCGAGCAGAGUGCAGCUUAACGAGAGCAGCUGGGUGCCCGCGGGACCCCCACGCUGCAGCCGGGCGACCUCACGAAGAGCAGCAACCGGGAACGUAAGUCACUGCCGUCAGACAGGCCAGGGCUCCUGGUCCUAGCUCCUCUAGGACACAUCCCCUUACUGUGAUUUGUUGCAAUAAGGCAUUUGGAAGAGUAUGAAUAAAAUAGUUCUUUGCAGGCAUUUAUUGUAUCAUUCAUAUCAUUUUAGUAGUAACAAUUUAAUAUCAGUAUUAGUAUGCAGCUAGAAUUUGCGAAGUAUUUUAAUAUUAAGUAGUCAGGAGUUUAUUCAAUAUAAUGAGUGAUGGCAAGGUUUGAAUUCUGCCAAUUUUUGCUUCUUCUAAUCUUUGAUGCACUAUUUUAAAAGCAAUUUGAUGAAUAGCAAAAGGCUUUGUGAGUAACCAGGAGUUGAAGUGUGGUUUUAGAUUCCUUUGAUCUUUCUGAGACUUUUUUUUUCUCAAAUCUUUYGGGAUUUUUUGGGAUCAUUGGCUAUAACUUGUCUUCUUAUUAAGCCUUAGCUGUUGUCAACAUUCUCUUUAGAUGCAGCAUGUGUUCCGAGUCAGAGUUACUAAGGAAAUCUGAGAAAUCAUGAAACACUAAAAUAUGCAACUCUGGGGCAUCUCUGCGGUGCCUUUAUUUUAAAUUAUUCACAGUAAUAAYGAUGCAUUGAAAGUCCAUCUUCUAGUUGACAGUCGUGCUUCUGAAAGAAAGGUGGUGUAAGUGCAAUUCUUCGUGUGAGCAAUUAAGGAUGAAAAAUGUUAUGGAUGAUAAACUUCUUCCCAGUCUGCAGGAAUAGCUGAAGAGCACUGGACCGCAUAUGUGCUGUUUAGGGAAGGAUAUAGCUUUUUAGGUGUGGGUUCAUAAAUGAUAAUUCUGGUACUCAUAACAUUAUCUUGCUAGGAGAAAAAAAUACCAUCAUAGUUCCAGUGUGGUCAGGUAAAAUACUGUAUAGAUAGCAAGUGUUCAUUUCUUCACUAAAUGCAUAUUUAUAGAGUAGAUAGGAACCAUUUGUAAGGUAAGUCCUUUAAAGUUCUAUACUAUUAAAAAUAGUGGUUAUUGGUCUGAUAUAUGCUGCUCUUGAUUCUACACACUAGACACAAAAAGCAGUGCUUUGUGAAAUGCAGUGUUUUCUCUUAAUGCCACUGGUGAUAGGAAGUAGUUCUCUUCAGUUUGAGAUCCUGUGCCCUUAUUUGCUGCUUGCUAACGUAAGCAAUAAUACCCCUCUAAUGGUAUCUAAGUGUUCUGUAUCUUGUACUUUUAUUGUCUAUCUGGUGACAAUGUAAAAAUAUUAGGCUAAUAAAAAAGUAUCUAAUUGUAUUUAUUAAUUGUUGAUACUGAGAUUCAGUCUGUGACCUGUGUUUUGUAAUUUUAUUGUGUAUCUUAGUGGUGGUGAAAUUUGUACAACAAAUCUUUCCAAUAAAGAGCUGAAGUAUCCCUUUUUCAAGUUAACACAACCCGCAUCAGUUUCAGUUUAACGUGUUACACGUGUUUGCAGAACUAGGAGGUAGGUAGUAAAAACUUUUCUGUGUGUGUUGGUUUUGAGAGACACACUUCAGGCUGCUCGUCUGAAGCUGCUCCGACCCGCUCGUAAGCUAUUCACUGUGAGCAGAAGAGGGAUUCGUUCAAUCCCCACUCUGAUCGUUUCCUGUGUACACUUCUUACAUUUGCAACUCUGAGGAAUGUCUGCGUCGCAGAGAGCAGUAUAGCACCAGACCAGGGAGCUGUUAACCCAUUUCAAUUUGCACUAAAGGUGGGUGGAAACGCAUGUAUAUAACUUUUCUUUACCUACAAGUGCCAUCAAUUGUCCUUGCAAGUUCAAACCAUUCAGUGUUUCAGUUAGGUUGCAUUGUAACGCUGAAGGACAAUGUCUAAGCAGASUUUAACUUAUGCCACAUUUAUAGUGGUGCAUCGUCACAGCAACUCCGCUCUGUGUGCGGAACACUGUGCGUCGCGGACAAACGCGUCGUCCUACAGGCAGAGGAUGAGGCAGGAAGAUUCCCGUGUCUAGAGCCAGGACUGCUGUAGUUCAGGGCCACUCUCUUUCACCAAGUCCACCCUACCCUGGCAAUGUUCUGCUAGAAAAAAGGGAGAAAGAUUGAUCUAAAUUAGUGGCUGUUUUAGCACAAUUUAUUCACUCAGCACUAGUCACACAGACAAAGCCAUUGAAGGGGGGAUACUGCAGCUUUGUUCAUGCCUGUAAUUUAGGGCAAUCUUUCUUUAAUUCAUAUCCUCCUUGCACCAGGAACAAAACUUUCUGCCCUUGUAUCAUGUGCAAUAAGUAAUAACAAAGCAUAACACAACCUCUGACUUCAACGUUCCUAUCCUUUUUCAGUCGCUGUUAAGCAGAUAUCGCACUAUACUUGCCAGCAUUAGAACUAAAGAAAAAAACCUCCCACCUCUGAGGGUUUAGUACAACUCCUGUGUAUCAUAAUUGCAUCGUUACGCUGUUUUUGUUUCCUUUCCUGUACUCUAGAAGAUACUUUGAAACAAGACUAGGGAAAGUUGGCUGAGAUGAUCCUCA